AUGCCAGGCACCAACUCAACAGCCUCACCAUCGGCCGCAGCGUCCAAGUCGCUUUCAGUCCAACCUUGCACCAACUUGGUCCGCAAACCAACCUGGGCUCAGAUCAGCUUCGAUGAUGGCUUCCACCUCCAUCUCGCACCUAUUUCGACUCUACCUGCAACUGCAACAGCAACAGCAACAGCAACAGCAACAGCAACAGCAACGCUUCCUACUUCCACCAGCUAUGCCAGCACCAUUCACGCGCGAGCAGCAUCGUCCCAGGAUGGAGCGCCAACAUUGAAACCGCCUGGAACCCCGCAAAACUUCUCGGAUGCUUCGCCUAUCCUCACAGCUACUACGCCAGAACAACUGCAUUACGUCGAUCCAUCUGCUACACCAGUCGCUCGUUCUACUAUGCAUCAGCCUUUGCCGUCUCAGUCGGGUGGCAUUCUCUCCUUCAAGCCGCCUCGACCCGUUUCCUCUGCCGACGCUUACAUGCAACCUAUUGAGACACUUCAGUCCGAGGCCUCAAGCCGUCCAGGCACCGCCAGGAGCCAUCUCAGUGGUUCCAACUGGAUGCACGAUGCAUCCGGCAACCGCAGCAGCGUUGGCACCACCUCCACCACUCCUUUCAACCAGGCCAAGCGCGCUUCUGUGCUCUCCUUUCAAACAGCCAACAGUGCAGGCUUCACCAGCGUCGAUGAUGCUAGAGGUUCAGAUCGAGAGCAUCUCACCGACCAUCUAGUCCCAGCAGGCACAUCUGCAGCUCUCAACAUUGCUCCAUCACAGCCCAACUCGAUGCGUCCCUGGCUCGAUCAAGGUCACUCUGGAUACGCCUCCUCGCCAGACGAGCGUUGGUUCCCCGGAGGUCUGCCUGGCUCCUACUGGCACGAAGCCACGUCUCAAGCACCCACUCGAGCUCUGCCCACACCCGCAGCCGCCCCAGUAAGUCAACCCGUAUCUGCCUCAGCCUACAGAUUUUCUCCUUCCCUGCCUGCUCCAUCUGAUACACCCUCACGAGCGCUGCCUGUGACCAGCAAAACAGCCACAGCAGCCCUGCCAACCGGGUCUGCUGAUGCUGUAACCAACGAUACCAUCACAAAUCACCAAGCGCCGCAAAGCCCGCCUGUUGCGCCAUCCUCAAACGUCGAACCGACCCUAGCUCCGAUCAACACGCAAGCACUGGCGCCAACUUUGACAAACGCUCCUCUCUCUUCCACCACCAUUGCUCCUCCUUCCGACGAGACAGCUCAAAAUACGCGUCGAUCGCCCCAAGUCACUCAAACGCCCAAGCAAUCCUUACCAUUCCCAGAAGACGAUGCUCCACCGCCAAUUGCCAAGGAUGUUGGCAUCGAUGAGCCUGCUGGUCCCUUGUCCGCUUCUAACUCACCUCGCAAUGCUCGCAAUGCUCGCAAUGCUGGCAAUGCUGGCAAUGGUGGCAAUGCUGGCAAUGGUGGCAAUGGUGGCAAUGCUGGCAAUGGUGGCAAUGGUGGCAAUGGUGGCAAUGGUGGCAAUGCUGGCAAUGGUGGCAAUGGUGGCAAUGCUGGCAAUGGUGGCAAUGGUGGCAAUGGUGGCAAUGCUCUUCUUGCCGAUGCAACACCAGCUGACAAUGUCAUUCCACCACUCUUGCCAUCCGAGGCAGUCACGAGCCGCCCACCACUUGCGCCGGAUAUGCUCAUGAAUGGUCCUGCCGAGCAGAAACCUGUCUCCGACUAUCGCAAGAGACCUCUAGCCGAUAUCAGCCCAGCACAGAAGGCAGCAGGUCUCGCCCACCUUCAAUCGCAGGCCAAAGCCGCCAAACAGGCCAACAUGGAGAUGCAUACACACUCAUCAGCUCCACCCACUGCUCCACCGGACGAGACACUACCCAUCCCUGUCCUUGAACGUGGUCGCCGUAAGUCCACUGCCAGUCUCACAGCGAAUGUGGCAUUGGCACAGGCUGGUGCAACCGGACUAGCCACGAACGACAUGGUCCAUCGCUCAGACACACCAAGUGCCGAGAGUGCAUCGCAGGAGUCAAGCGCACCCCCGGAUGGUGAAGUCGAAGCGCGAGCAGAAUGGGAACGAAGACGCAGGAUGAAGCGCAAGAAUGGCAAGAAGCAAAACGAAGCGACCAAGCCACACAAGGGACGCUCAGACACAUUCAAGAACCAACUCAAGCCCUUGCAGCUUGUCCCCGCAGACAACUUGAGCAGCUUCUCUGAUCGCAACCGUCUGCCGAACUCGGCCUCGAAUGUUGCUGCUCGUGGAAAUGGUGACCGACAAAGUAUUGUUGUCGCCAAUCGUGCUGCUAAUGCCAUUGCCUCUUCCACGCCCGAUGUGCCUGGAUCCGCACAGACGUACAGCACAUCCCAGCUGCAGAGACUGCAAGCACGCGAGCAGAGAAGGAGCGUUGGUGCUUUCAGCGCUGCUAUGGCUGCAGCCAAUGUCGUUUCCAGCGGCAGCAACGGGCCCUACCCUCUCUUUGCCUCUCCCAACUCGGGUCCGCAAAAAAUUGAUGCAAGACAGUACGCCGGUCUCAUGGCACAGCGCUCAUUGGUCCCGCCUUUCGAGCUGCAGCAUCGGCCAGACGGCUUGCCAUCCGGCUUGAUCGGCCCAGAUGGUGUGCCAAGGAGCAUCAACGAUCCCGAAGUCUGCUUGGAAUGCAUGAUGCGAGACGAAGACAUGAUCGACAUCAAUGUAACUGGCCAAGGGGUAUGGGAGCGCGAGAGUGACAAGGAGUUUGAAGAGGCCGUUCGACUUGAGGCUGAAGAAGCAGCCAACGGCAACAGCCUCUACAGCCGUCCCAACGGAAGCAGCGGCCACAGCGAUAGCAUCAGCAGCCACCGAGACUCGCCAGGCUCCCGCAAGCACCGCAAGAAGAUCGGUAAAGGUGAGCCUCUUACAGCAGACCGACUGAAACUGCACACUCAGAUGAACCCACCCGCAUCCUCAUUCCGAUGGCGUACGCUUCAGACAUUCUUGGCUGUGCAAGCCAAAUACAUUGCUAUGGAACAGCAGCGGAUGCGCUUGGAAGCAGAGAAGAAAGUUCGACACAACAAUGACUCGAUCAGCAGCCGUGGCAGCAUCUUGGCAGCCGAGUCUCCUCUGCCUGUCGAGCGUGGUCUUUCUUCACCCUUCGCGUCGCCUCGCGAGGCCUCCGCUGGUCAGCGUCAAUCCAUCAUCCAGACCUCUGCAGAAGACAGCAAUCUCACACCUCUGCAGAAGCAGGAGAAGGAGCGCGACAUUGCUGCAGCACAAGCUGCACGCAAGAAGAUGGCCACAGGCGCACAGGCAGCGCUUCCAGCUACAACACCACCUACGGGCUUGCCUGCGUUCCCAGCAACCCCAUUGCAAACUCUCACGCCUCCUCAAGCUAUCCCUGGUCGUCAGGGCAGCGACCCGGACGACUUGUUGACAGCAUUGCCCACAGCUGUUGCAGCCGCGCCUGGCGGCAUCUCGACUGCUACGAGUGGCCGCCGUGUGCCCUUGGGCUCCGCCCAGGCUGCUCGAGCUGCAAGUGUCCAGGAUCUGCGGUCUGCUUGUGAGCAAGGCCGAUCCGCUUCGGCCGGCUACCCACCAAGCCCGCCCGGCAGUCUAAUGCCGCCUUCUCGAUCUUUCAUGGGCACAUCACCUACCGCUACACCUUCGCGUCUCACUGCUCGUUCGGGCGCAUCUCAGCUGUCUUUGAUGCACAGUGGCUCGAUGAUCGACAUGCAUGUUGGACAGGAGGAUCGCACAGAGCACCGAAUCAACCAGAAAGGAUUCUUGCCGGGAACGCCUUUAGCUGCCGAAUCGCCCUCCGCUAUGAACCGAUCCUACUACGGAUUCCCCGGGGACGGCGAUUCUUCGCUACCAGAUGCAGCCGCAUUUGAGCGAUUGCGCAUGGUAUUGGGCGAAGGUUAUGUGGAUCCGAUGGAAGCAGGACCACGAGGACUCGGUCUGGAUCGCGACGAUAGCGGCAAGCGCAAGAAGAAAGGCUUGCGUGGUCUGUUGUCCAAACUCACUGGCAACAGCAAUGGGCCAAGUCGUCAGAGUUCAGCUGGACCCGCAGAUACCAGCAUCAAUGGCAGCACCGCCAGUCGCAACCCAAGCAAGCGCUCGCAAGGUUCGGGAAGCCCUCGUCCACGACAAAACUCGUUCAGCGCCGAUCGCUCUCUCGAUGCAACCGGUCCGACGAUAAACGGCAUGCUCAGCAAAGCACGCAGAUCAACUUCUUCCUUCUUUCGCAAUGGUGCCGAGCCAGAUGUCGAGCCAAAGUCGCGCCCCAUUGCUAACAACAGCAACUCCAUCUUUCAGAGCCCUCCUGGUAUGGCUAGCCAGAACAGCCUCGACCUUGGACCAUUCCAGCCAGCCUCUCCCCAAAACAACACUUUCAGCAGCACAAAUGGCAGGAUCGUCCAGCAGCAGCCACAGCAGGCUUACGGAGGUUCCGACCCAGCCAGGAUGAGAAAGGCAUCCAACCCAUUAAUGCAAAAGUAUCUCAACUCGCCCUUGCCUCAGACUCAAGCUUCGCCAGCGUUGCAGGCGUCCAACGGUUGUUUGACAAGCGAACAGAGGAUCCCUGUUCACCCAAGCCAGAUCUCGCCUGCCGACGCACGCAGCAGCCGAAUGUCAAGCUUUGCUAGCAUACGAGAGCUACAUCCCUUGGCUUUGCAAACCAUUCCGGACGGUGAUGCACCGCCUGCGGACGGUGGAGUGGACGACCCUCGGCAGUCGGUGCGAUCCAGUGCCGGCAGUGCAAGCUUGCGCAAAGAGCUUCCUUCGAUGCCGACCUCCUCUGCUGGAGGUGCUCGUACAGGUGAUGCUUCGUAUGGCGCUCCCACUGAGCACCAGCGCAUCGGCUCGAACGGUACGAGUGGAGUCAGAAGCUCGGUCGUCGACUCAAUUCGAUCCGCUAGAUCUUCCGCUCUCGCGCCAGCACAACAACUCGGUCGACCGGCGCCUGCCGAAUCCACUGGACGUGCAAGCAUGCAGGCUUCGCGGGGUGCAAGUGGUCUAGGAAGGCAACCAGCUCCGCCAGCCAUUCAGACAGACAAUGGCUACGGCAGUAUCAUCCCGAACAAUGCCUCUAUCAACAGCGCAUCCGGUCCCCAACGUCCACCCAAGAACCCUCGUCGACCAGCCGAUGGAGCUCUUAAUUCACCUAGCAUCGUCGAUCUCACCAAUGGCAGUACCAACACCGGUCUUGUCCCUCCACCCCACGAGUUGCCUCAACACAGCCAAUACGGUUCUUCAUCAGACUACAACUCACCCGAAAGCACAGGCAAAAAAUCGCGCUUCCGACUUGCCUUCGGUCGUAAGAAGCGCGAGUCGACCUUUGGACCCUCUGCAGGCAUCAGCAACGACUCGAAACCAUCCAUCGUCAUCGCUGAAGCUCCACCCGGAGCCAGUAGCACCUUCUUGCCAAACCUUGGCAUGCGUAAGAGCUAUGCAGGUGGGUUGGAUGUGCCGAAACAGAGCUUUACGAUGGAACGUCAACGUGUCAUGUCUUUGCCCGCACGAGAAUCGACGUCCUUGCCGCCUAGAAGUCAAAGCGCAUUCGGUAUAGCUCCCACCCAACGCUUUGUCUCAAUGGACAUUCCACGACGCUCAAUGAAUGUGGGUAGGGGUGGAAACAGGUUGAGCACAAUGCCUUACGAGCAAGAUGAACGAUACCAGGAGGACGAGGAUGAUGAGAUGGAGAGAGAGCCCGGAUACGAAGCUGAGUUCGAGAGGUAUGCCCAAGAAGCGGAAGAGGAAAGAUAUGCUGGUGCAAGAGGCGCCGCUGCCGGCAGAGGAGCAAGAGCAAGAGAUGCCAGUUUCGGUAGGAAGAGCUUGAAUCUCUUGCGAGAAGGUUUCAAGAUGCCUUUGAGGAAAGGUUGA